AUGGCCUAUCAUGAUGUCCAAAGUAUAAAGGGUGAGAUACAGUUUGAACCUUCAGCCGGUCGGAUCGAGGUCAUGCACUUCGAACUAGACUCGCUAAGCUUUCUUACAUUUUCCGCCCUAUUUGGUCAACGGCAAGCCGGUCAAGGAAUUGAUAACCAGCUUCCUUCCUCUUUCGCUGAUUCUAUAUUAGAAGGGCCAUCGCACUACGUGCAUAUUUUAGAUGGCGAGAUCGAAGAGCUGAGCGGCAAGCUUGAUGUGUAUAUCCAGAAGACCUCCAGUUUGUUCAUUGAGGGUGAACAAUCCGAUUUUAUCAGACAGACCCUUCGCCAAGCAUUAGAACUCGCCAAACAACACGAGGCAUGCUCUUCUCCCACUGCCUCUUACCCCUUUAUAUAUCUGAUGGUGGAUGAUAUGCUAGAUGCAGCGUUGGAGUUAUGGGUAGCCACUGCAAUACUAGUGGACCCGUUCCUCAAAUGGACGGUCUAUAUGAACCCUACUCUGCCUCCGCUGGCAAACAGGCCGCUGACCUCUACAACAAACGACUCCCGGAUCCCGAUACAUAGCAUGAAUCAGUUAGAAUCAUAUUCGCUGAUUUGCACGCAAUUACGCUCUGCCGUCGAAAAACGAGCAGCGAGAGUAUGCAGAGUUUUGCUCAGCAAAUUUGAGCAACGACUGCUUCAGAAGCAGCGGGUUGGUAGUUUUCGAACAUUCUUGGCCACUAUCAUCCUGCUUAACUGUGUUGAGAGGAUGGAAUGGCUAUUUCGAUCAUGGGAAUGCGAGCAUUAUAUUCAACGGGUGAGGCUUAUCCAGCACCACGGCUAA